GGGGGCUGUCUGUGCGAGAUUAUUCACUCUCUUCGGCGACGACUGGCACGGAUGAAGCUGACGGAGAAGAUCGCGGCGUACAAGCUGAACAGGCCGUUUUAUACGUUCGAGUUCUUUCCGCCCAAGACCGAUGAGGGAUUCGAGAAUCUCUUGGCUCGAGUAGCGCGAAUAUCUUCGUUAGGCCCUAUCGCGGUCAGUGUAACAUGGGGGGCUGGAGGUGCUACCAAAGAUCGAAGUCUGGAGCUUGCGGGGUUGAUCCAGAAUGAGGAGAAGAUUGACACAAUACUCCAUCUCACAUGUACAAAUAUGGAGGGAGGAAUGGUGGAUGAGGCCCUUAGAGCAGCCAAAGAGAGGGGUGUUCAGAACAUCCUCGCUUUGAGAGGAGAUCCCCCACGAGGAGAAGAAUAUUGGAUCCCUACUGACCCCAGGUUUACCCAUGGUGUCGACUUGGUAGCCUACAUACGGUCAUCACCCGAGUUCUCUUCUGCAUUUUCCAUCGGCGUGGCAGCUUACCCUGACGGACAUACAGACCGGGAAACGGACGAAGACGGGGAACUCGACCAUCUAAAGGCUAAAGUGGACGCAGGAGCCGAUUUUAUCAUCACUCAACUCUUCUAUGACUGCGAUAACUUCCUGCGGUGGCUCGAGAAGGUUCGGAAGAAGGGUAUCACGGUACCCGUCAUACCCAGCAUUAUGCCAUUACAGACGUACGCCUCCUUCUUACGGCUAACUAAACUCUGCGGGUCUCGAGUACCAGAGUCAGUAGCAUCGGCCCUUGAACCUAUCAAGCAUGAUGACGCUCAAGUGAAGGAAUAUGGAAUCGCUCUUGCUAUCGACAUGGUCAAACGACUGACCGCUUCCGGCGAUGUCGCCGGACUGCACUUUUGCACCCUGAAUUUGGAAAAGAGCGUUCGCCGUGUCAUCGAGGGGCUGGGAUGGGCGGGAGGUAGUCCCGAGAUCAAAAAUAGAUUGAUAACGGACCCACCGAGUCAGGCAACCCCGUCUCACACAGAUGAUGAUCUCACGAUCACCCCUACCAGCGCUAGCGACUCCGCCACCAAAGGGCUGAUCGGCUCUGUGCUUCCACCCCCGGACGCCGGACGCGGGGAAAUCAACAAUGCCUCCAGCUGGGACGAAUAUCCCAAUGGCCGCUUCGGUGACUUCAAAAGUCCGGCGUUCGGGUUGCAGGACCAGUGGGGCGGGCCCGUCAUCACACGGGGCGAAGCGUUGCAAAAGUGGGGCAACCCGACAACCGUGCAGGACCUGACCGAGAUAUUCCUGAAGCACCUCCGCGGCGAGGUUGACUCGACGCCCUUUUCGCAGGGCCCCUUGUCGCCCGAGUCGAUGCUCAUUCUGACGGAGCUCGAGAAGCUGAACCGGCAUGGCUGGUGGACGGUGGGAUCGCAGCCAGCCGUGGACGGGGUGCCCUCGACGCACGAGGUCUUCGGCUGGGGCCCGCCUAGCGGAUAUGUGUACCAGAAGGGAUUCGUGGAGUUUUUCGCUGAUCAGGAGGAGGUUGACAAGAUCGAGAAAAGGAUUAGGGAGGAUGGUCAGGGAUGGGUCGACUAUUUUGCUGGCAACUUCCAGGGUGAAUGUCGAAGCAAUGUGCCGGACGGUGGAAGGAAUGCCGUGACGUGGGGCGUAUUCCCUGGGCAAGAAGUGCUUCAGACAACCAUUAUUGAACGCGAAUCUUUCUUGUCAUGGAAGGACGAAGCUUUCUCAAUAUGGUGUGAGUGGGCCAGCUUCUAUCCCCCUGAUUCAGAAGAGCGGAAGUUAUUGGAAGGCGUCCGUGACAGAAGGUGGCUCGUGAGCAUUGUGCACCAUGAUUACAAGGAUGCUUCUGCACUGUGGACGUUCUUGGGCGGGGACGCUUUGUUGUCAAAGUCUGUGCCGUGAUCCCUUCCAGAAAAUUACCUGUAUCAAGCUGCAGAAUGGAAUGCUCAGAAUGUACCUCUUUUACAACUAAUUAUUCACUGCAGAAAUCCAGUCUACCGAAGGCAGGCCGA